UUGAGAAAGCCGCGUCCAGCCAGCUGCAUGGGUUGAGCAAUGUAGUGCGGCGAGUUUGUGCUGCCUGCCUGAGAGAAUCCAUCAUAGAAACAAACCGCCCCCUCCCACUCCGAGUGCCCCCGCUUCAGAUGCAACUCAAAAUACAUAAAGCCUCCAUGUUGCACAGGGAAUGUAGGGCCAGCAGAUAUGAACUGUUUGCCUUGAAGUGUUAGCUAACUUUCACGUUGAGCAACUCCGCGUUUGAUGCAUGUUUUUGGACAAGAACAAUUCUCCGACGGGCUUCCCAGGGGUUUUCAACGUUGUUCCAGACACGGCCUCACAUUUUGGAUGAUCGGAGCUUCGUUAGCUAACUCGCUAACCCAGGCUACUUGCUAACUUCAGCUAGUUAGCAAUUCGGCGUCGGUUGUUUUUGUUUUUUUUAAACCACACAUGCUGUCGGUGUUGCCCACAAAAUACUUGUUUGCAGCGAUGAUAUUUUGCGGAGAGCCAUAAAUGACAGCCAUUCACUGGCUUCCAUUCACCACCGUGCUAGCUGGCUGGCUAUCCCCGCUGCCCAAACACUUCGCCACGGACGGUUGCCUGGCUUUGUGGGCUAGCUGGUCAUCCUCAUUUUAAACAGCUAGCUAACAGUAGCUAGCUAACGAAGCAAGCGCGCUAGUACGAAUAACAUUGUGGGAAACAAAGCAGGAACAACCACCCGUCUAAAUGGACCACAUGUCCAUAAUAACCCAAGUUUCCAACCCGAAGGAGGAGGAAAUAAUAUCUUUUAACCAGGAAAAAGCGUCCCAGUCGAACAGCAGCCUAAAGAAGCAGAGGAGCCGGAGCAUCUUCAGCACAUUCUUCUGCUGCUUCCGCAACUACAAUGUGGAGCCACCAGCCUCCAACACCAACACCAGCUCGCUGCCUCCACCUGUUGAGGAGAAUGGAUCACCUCCUAAGUGUGACCAGGUCGAGGUCAUCCCUGUCCCUAGUCCACCAGCCAAAUACCUCCUGCCAGAGAUGAAAAUAUCUGACUAUGGCAAAAAGUGUGUGGUGAUCGACUUGGAUGAAACGCUCGUCCAUAGUUCAUUCAAGCCCAUCAGCAAUGCUGAUUUUAUUGUUCCAGUGGAGAUCGAUGGUACCGUUCAUCAGGUGUAUGUGCUCAAACGACCCCACGUGGACGAGUUUCUUCAAAAGAUGGGAGAGCUAUUUGAAUGUGUGCUGUUUACAGCCAGUCUUGCCAAGUAUGCAGACCCUGUGGCAGACCUGCUGGACCAGUGGGGUGUGUUUCGAGAGCGACUCUUCAGAGAAUCCUGUGUUUUUCACAGAGGAAACUACGUCAAAGACCUCAGCCGGCUGGGACGAGAGCUCAACAAUGUCAUCAUCAUUGACAAUUCACCUGCCUCUUACAUUUUCCACCCAGAAAAUGCUGUCCCAGUCCAGUCCUGGUUUGACGACAUGAAUGACACGGAGCUGCUGGACCUGCUGCCUUUCUUUGAAGGACUCAGCAAAGAAGAAGAGGUUUACGGAGUCUUGCAGAAUCUGAGAAGCAGGUAGCAGGACACAUCGCCGCGGCGCCGCCUGUGCUCUCCAUGCUCCUCUCUGUCGAUCUCUGCCCCUUUCUACAACCACAUCUCUCAGACUCAGGCAGAUCUUCCCACACGCGCCCCUCUUGUCUCUGCCCCAAGGGGACGCUUUGGAGUCUCACUGUGGAAACCUUAAUCCUGUCUCUGCUCUCAUCUCCUGGUGACUGGCUGCCUUCUGUGUGCCAUCAGAAAAAAAACAACAAAAAAACACUCAAUAUCCCAGGAGCACUGUGUCUCACAAAAACCACACCAGAAAGUGUACAGAGCGUCCUAAGUUGGUAAUAUGGGGGGACAAAAUGCUAAGAGGUAUGAACUCUGGUCUUUAUUUUCAAACCAACAAAGUUUUACUAUUUGGUGAAGUGCUUAUUUUAAAACCAAAAAAAAAAAGAAAAAAAAACAUCUUUUUGUCUGAACCUUCUUUUGUGGUACCACACAAAAGUCUGAAAAGAUUUUGUCCUCGUAUUGUUGCUAUGCAGGCAGUUUCUGGUAGUAGAAAGGACUGUGAUUCUCUUUUCUUACCGAAUGAAGUGCCUUGUGUGAAUGUUGUUUAUAUGGGGAGAUAUUUUGUACACGGCAUAUUUCCAGAGUACUUCAGUCUUUUCACACACAAUAUGCUUUAAAGUGGACACAGAAGUAUCUUUAUACAAAAGUUUUGACUUUAGUUUUUUGAUCAUCAAACGCUGGGUAAAUGUCUCCAUAUUAUUUUUUUUUUUUUUCCAGUAUGCUUGUGCCAUUAUAUAGAUGUGACUUUGUUUCUUUCUGCUUUCAUUAUACGUAGAGAUAGUUACUUUGUUUUAGACGAUGGAGUAUGUUUGCAAUUUGCGUUUGAUAGUUUUGAUCUGAAAACUCAGAUAAAAAUUGUGCCAUUUGUUUUUCUGUCUCCCACAUUACCCCCCCCCCCCCCCAUCUCAUUUUAUUAUUUGCCAAAUAAGGAAAUUAUUUUUUAACAGGCUUCAUAUCUUUAACUGGGGUUCAACUGUAACUGUUAAACCAUUAGUAUAGUAUUAUAGGUUUUAUUCUUUUUGACAAAUAGAUGUCAAAUUCAUUUGUAUAUUUUUAUUGUUAUGAGGUCCUUGUUUGUCAUGUUAUGCUUAUCAGACAGCUAGCUUUUAGCCCACAUUUUUUAUUUUUUUUUGGGCACAUUUAAGUGGUGCAGCUCCACCCUUAGGGGGUGAUCUUUCUCCAGAAUUGUACACAGUUGCGAAGGUAUCCCUUUUGUUGCUUCAAAUGGUCCGGGAUCUCACAGUAAAUGGGUCGAGUGCCAUGUUUUUAUGUUUUUCAUGAGGUUAGUGUCUUUAGGGAAUAUAGGAUCGUGUCAGAUUGAGUCUGGACAGUGUUGAAAUCACACCGUUCUCGCCUGAUUUACACACGGUGACGGCGUGGCUCCGCCCAGCCCCGGUGUAAAACCAGUGGAAGACGACGUGUGGUGUUUACCUUCCCAGACUCUUUUUAACUGCUCUUCACCUCAGUGCCUACCUUUUUGAGAAGGAGCCACGCAAACCGAAUGCUGCAACAUUAGCUACCAUGGCAAUAAACCUUUUUAGGGGGCGUUUCCAUCCCAAGUAUUUGGUUUGGGUGUCUAGAGCACUUGACGAGACCGGCCAGGAAAGGUUUGUUAACAGUAACGCCGGCCUGGUCAUCACAGUGACUUUCAGUGUUCAUGUGAACCAUUUUUCACAUUUUGAUCCAAAAAACUGGACAUACACAUAAACCAUAGUCCUUUUUAGUCAUGUUAUAAAUAACAUUUUGAUUUAUCUCAUUAUUAUUUCUGAAACUAAAAUACUGAAACAACUUGAAUGUUGCUUGGUCUACUUCAGCAACAGCAGCCAAACAACCUUGUAUAGUGAACUACAUUGCCAUAGCUGUCAGCUUUUGUUGUGGAAGGAAGUGAAAGAGGAUGCCUUCCAAACCUACAGAUGGGUGCUCAGUCCUGGCCUCUACAUGUUAGAGGGGUGGGGUCGGGGGUCGGGGGUCGGGGGUGGGGCAGCUCCAGAUGAAACUACUGGGCCACUGCAAAAGGACUGUGAAGAACCUCACCAUGGCAUUAAUGCCUUACUGCCCAUGGAGGCACAAAGCAAUGUUUCUUCAUUAAUUCCAAGGCUACAUCCACAAAGUUCGGCAUCGUCUCAUUAGUUAUGUUCUUAUGGAGUGUGAGAACGGCUCGGCCACAUGUGGUCCGGUGAAUUAACAUUGUGAAACAUUAAAUUCAGCAAUGAAGCAUGAACAAGCUCCGUCGUGCCAUCUAGGGAUCGUACCCCCCCAACAAACCUUACUUGCUCUAUUGCUCGGUUUAUGGGUCAUGAUGUUAUAGUAAAAAGACCUACACUACUUCAUAAUUUCCACCAUAUUUUUUUCCAGUUCAAAGGCUGCUGCUCCUACAGGCGUAUUAAACCAUUUUCUUUCUUUUGCAUAAGCGUUUGUGUUGGUGAUGAGUGCUCUGCUCAUGAUGAUGGUUUCAGUGCAAUGUCGUUUUCUAAGAAGUGUUUGGUCCACUCUUCACAACCUCUCAAUGAUUAACUUUCUCUGAAAAUGUUGUUUGUAUCAUUGUGAUAUUUUUCUACCUACCUUUUGUCAGUAUUUGGUUUGAAAAAUUGCAUAUUACCCAUUGUAUCCAGCUUUUUGUUCGUCUUUCUUUCAUAUCUGUAAUGUCCCUUUCUCUUGCCUCUUGGUAAGAAUUCUCAGUCAGGUCUCGUCUUUCCUAUCAGGGGACGUGUGUGUGUGUGUGUGUGUGUGUUUUGUGUGUGUUUUGUGUGUGUGUGUGUGUGUGUGUGUGUGCGCGUCCUUACAUUUUUUUCUUUUUGUGUGUGUGUGUGUAUCACCUCACUCGUAAUCACACAUUGAUCAUUUUGUAUUGAUUUAACACCAAAGUUCUACAACACUUGAGUUCAAGUCACUGUUCGUUUUCUUUUUUUUUUUUUUUUGCAUCAGGUUCUUCACUUUUUGUUCUUGUUGGCUUACUUUGAGUGUUGGCAACGUGUUGUCAUCCUGAGCAUCAGUUUCUUUUUCCUUCUUUCCAUAAUAAAAGGCUUCAUUGAAACAAUUCGGUCAUGUCUAUUUUUUUAUUUUUAUCUUCAAAUGUCUGAUACAUAAAUUAAGGCCAAAGAUCAUCUUUAGUCUGGUGUGAUUGAGGUUUCCACUGUUUUCUCUGACUUCAUAUGAAACUCCAAAAGUCAUGAGAGAGAAUGUUACUGUGUCCUGUUACUGUAUUUUACAGUCAACGUGUUUAUUUUGCCAUUAAUUUCCUUACAGAUAAGUCACAAUAAAGCACAUUUUUAUGGAGAAAUGUUGCUCGUCUUCUGUCAGCAGACUAAUGGCAAACAGACUCAGUUUUUUCGCAGCCUUUUUUUCACUACUACAAGCUUAUUUUAUCUUACAAUAAUAUUUUUCUGGUCACUUGAGUGCUGUGGGAACAAGCGGUAAACAAAACUGGUAAACGUUUUAUGUUGAUAUGGCAAACUUGUUAAACAGUUGUCUGUUUACAUAUUCAGCAAAUAAAGAGCAAUGUUAGUAUUCA